AUGGACUCCUGGAUCUUCCCGUCGUCCCCUCCGAACCUGUCCGACCACCUGAUAUACGACAGUUUCCUGCCCAGCAAUGAGUCCGACCCGGUCAGGAACAACACAGACCACAGCUACCACGGCACCAGCACCAUCGUCAUCACCUGCAUCUACUUCCUGGUCUGCACGGUGGGACUCUCCGGUAACGCGCUGGUCAUCUACGUGAUCCUGCGCUAUGCCAAAAUGAAGACCGUCACCAACAUUUACAUCCUAAACCUGGCGGUGGCCGACGUGCUCUUCAUGCUUGGGCUGCCGUUCAUUGCCAUCCAGUUGGCGCUGGUCCACUGGCCCUUCGGUCCGGUGCUGUGCCGCGUGGUGAUGACGGUCGACUCGCUGAAUCAGUUCACGUCCAUAUUCUGCCUGAUGGUCAUGAGCAUCGACCGAUACCUUGCUGUGGUGCAUCCGAUAAAAUCCACCAAGUGGCGGAAACCCCGCAUGGCAAAGACCAUCAACAUGGCGGUGUGGUGUGUGUCGCUGCUGGUCAACCUGCCCAUCGUCAUCUACAGCGGCAUCAUCACCAAACACGACGUCUUCUUCUGCACUAUCGUGUGGCCCGAGCCUGAGGAGGCCUACUACACCGCCUUCAUGUUCUACACCUUCAUCCUGGGCUUCUUCCUGCCGCUGGUCGUGAUAUGUCUGUGCUACCUGUUCAUCAUCAUCAAAGUCAAGUCCUCGGGGAUCCGCGUCGGCUCCUCCAAGAGGAAGCGGUCCGAGAAGAAGGUCACUCGGAUGGUGUCCAUCGUGGUGGCGGUGUUCGUCUUCUGCUGGCUGCCUUUCUACAUCUUCAAUGUCACCUCCGUGACGGGCACCAUCAGCACCACGCCUUUCCUCAGAAGCACCUUUGCCUUUGUGGUGGUCCUGGGUUACGCCAACAGCUGCGCCAACCCCAUCCUCUACGCCUUCCUGUCGGAGAACUUCAAGAAGAGCUUCCAGAACGUCCUGUGUCUGCAGAAAGUAGGUGGCUUGGACGAGGCGGACCGUAGCGACAGUCGACACGACCGGACUCGCAUGAUGAACGACCCCACGGAGACCCAGAGUACUCUGCUGAACGGUGACCUGCAGACCAGCAUCUGA